CAGUUGUUCCGGUUAAUCUUGAUAUAAUUUUGAACGAAAUGGAAUCCUUCAGACAAAAAUCCGAGGCAGCCAAAUUGUUGUUUUUGUUACUCAAAUUCAUUACAAAUGGAUCUGGAGAAACUGUUCCAGAAUGUAAACAAAACUUUAAAGGAUGUUGUGUGGGUUAUUUUUGGAACCAGAUGAUCAACAGAUGCGAACAAUGUAUGCCAGGAUACAGCGGACUUAAUUGUACAACUAGAUGUCCGUAUCCUUUUUACGGAUAUAGAUGUCAAGGAAACUGUGACUGUAGCAAUGAUACAUGUGAUGUAUCUACAGGCUGUAGAACCAUUACAACAGGUCAAUUCAACUAUCAAAAUGUGUACAUAUACUUGUAUUUUUGUUAUGAAAUUGAAUAAGAAAUGGCUAUAUCAGAUUUUUUUUCUACCUUUAUAAAAUCAGAUACACCACUUGUCACACACACAUUACAGUCCAAUUUUCAUCGUUUCACUACGAGGACAAAUAGCAGAGGUAUAGUAUAUAAAUUUAUUUACCAUGUACUUUAUUUCUUAUUCAAAAAGAAGCUUACAACA